AACCUUGUGUUUUUUCACCAUUUCUCCAGGACUCUGGAUCGAUUUGGAAAUGUCCUACAAUGGGUCCUUUCUGAUGACUCUUGAGACCAAAAUGAAUUUGACCAAACUAGGUAAAGAGCCUCUUGUUGAAGCCCUGAAGGUUGGAGAAAUUGGCAAAGAAGGUUGCAGGCCCAGGGCGUUCUGUCUGGCCGACAGCGACGAGGAGUCCUCCAGUGCUGGCUCCUCUGACGAAGACGACGCACCAGAGCCCAGCGCAGGGGACAAGCCGCUUCUCCCAGGGGCAGAAGGGUACGUGGGAGGUCAUCGAACAAGUAAAAUUAUGAGGUUUGUUGAUAAAAUUACCAAGUCAAAAUAUUUCCAAAAAGCAACGGAGACAGAGUUCAUUAAAAAGAAGAUGGAAGAGGUCUCCAACACGCCCCUGCUGCUGACGGUGGAAGUGCAGGAGUGCAGAGGAACCUUGGCCGUCAACAUCCCACCUCCCGCAACUGACCGGAUAUGGUAUGGUUUCCGGAAGCCACCAUAUAUAGAGCUGAAAGCUCGGCCAAAACUUGGAGAGAGAGAAGUGACUUUAGUCCAUGUGACAGACUGGAUAGAGAAGAAACUGGAGCAAGAGUUUCAGGUACACCGGCAGUGCCCUGUAGUGUUUCACUCUGACCCUCAAAGCUCUGGGUAGAACGGGGGUCCUGAGCUUCAUUCAUGUGGGUCAGGAUCCUCCUGGGAGGAUCUGAUGAGCGCUGUGGCCCCUCAUCCCGGGAAAGUACACAUGUGAUCAAACAGGCAUAAAAUUUCAGGGAUAGUUUCAAAACCCCCGAAACUCACCCACAGAACCCUGGUAAAUAGUCUUCAGAGGAAACCCAAAGGGUAGGGGCCAAAGUGCAAAGGCCUGGCAAGGCGUAAGCGUCCAUCUGCUGAGACUGACUUUGGACUUUUCCCCAGGGUGGGGCCUGGAAUUGGCUGGCUGGUGGCACCUAGCCUGUAAUCAGGGAAGUGGCUUCUGCCCCUGUGUAGUACCCGCCUUGCUUGGUUUGUUUCCACAAACAAGCCUGGAAACGGUUUCGUGUGCAGCCGCCAUCUACCCCGGUUCCAAAGAUGCACCAGGCCUGUCCCUCCCCUGCGAAUCUGUAGGGUCGUCUUGGAGUUGAUGAAGCCAGGGCUCCUUCUCCAAGCCUGCCUCUGUAUUCUACCAGCAAAGGUAACAGCAGUGUAGUGAAGGCCCUGGAACGGGCUAUUGCUAUCAAAUUUCUACUGGAUCUCUAAGGCACAGUUGUCUUUUAAGCUCUUAUGGAUUAACAGUUUAUUUACUUUGUAGUUAAUUCCACCUUUGGAAGAAGACCCAUAUUACUUUUGCAGUAGUAUAUUUUGAGUUAUUGUCUUUAAAAUUAUACUUUUUUUAUUUAAAAGCUAUAGAUUAAAUAACACUAAAACCCAGUUUCUGGAAAGUUUAAGCUCAUCUCCAAAAGGAAAAGUAUUUUGAACCUAAUUAGGGAUAAGACAGCUUCACGCCUUCAGUUCUUUUUCUUAUCUCCCUAGAUCCCGUGUUAGGACUUGAGUGGGUCUUCUCUGUUGGGGGCAGACUUUGGUGCUUGGUAUUUUUGAGGCAGGUUGGGGAGUUGAAGAGUGACAGCUUGCAGUCUUCCACAGCCACUUUUUUGCUUGUGUAUGAAAGCAUUGAAGUUGAAUAUACUGCCAAAAUUGACUUAUACAGAAUUAGUUUAUAAACAGAUGGGCAAAGCACCAUUACUGUCAAUCACUAGUUAUCGCUAUAGUAGGAUUUCUUUCAUCCGGUAGCUUUAUCUGGUUCUGGUUUGGGGGGGAGAAAAGCUUACAUUUCUGUUGCUAGGAUUUAAAUGGAUAAAUUCACUUGGAGUAUGUGUUCUGGAUACAGUAAUUUGGAAAUACUAUGAGCAGCUUAUGCCAAUUCUCUUAAUGUUAUUUAUCAAUUUAUAAUUAUAUGUCAUGAAAGCAGAGGCUGCUUCUGCUUCAGAGCUUACUGGGUUCUUGUGUUCAUGCACUGGUUGAUUCCUCAAUGCUUUCGAAAUAUCACAGAGGAAUUAGUUUAGAAUGUUUAGGAAAACUUGUUUCAUAUGCAUUUUAAAAGCUUAUCUAUGGGAGUUCCCAUUGUGGCUCA